AUGUAUGAUCUUCAAGAACAUGGAUUUGAUGAAGUUUCAGGUUCGGUUGCUCUUAAUUCUUCUCAAUGGCCUGAAAUUGAUAAUUCAAAAUUUUAUUUACAACUUGAAUUAAACUGGCAUAUUACAAAUAUUGAUGUUUCAGUUGAAUUACUUUUUAAUCAUUCUGGAUGUAAAACUGCUGCUCAGUGUUUACAAGACAAUGAUAUUUCUAAACAAGCAAUUAUAAAACAUAUAGGUUAUAAAAGUGUUCAAGGAAUUCAUGCAUAUAAGCAAGUUAAUAAGAAUUAG